AACCGCUUUCCGGAAGAUUAUUAUCAUUAUUAUUAAUUUUCCCUUCGAACUGCGGAGCCAACCCUUGUGUGGAUAACCCUGGUGUUUUAUUUAUUUUUCCUUGUCUUUUGGACCAUUAUGACUCUGGAGGAAAUUCACGGCCAGGAACCGAUGCCUGAAACGAGCGACAGUAGCACCACUAGCAGCGCUAGCGCAAGCGGAACCAGGAUGCAGAGCGCCGGCAAGGCUCUCCAGGAGCUGCUCGUUGCUUCUCAGCGCCGUGGCUGCCUUACCGCCGGCGUCUAUGAAUCUGCCAAGCUGAUGAAUGUCGAUCCAGACAUCGUGGCUUUCUGCGUCUUGGCCGCAGAUGAGGAAGACGAGGGAGAUAUUGCCCUCCAGAUCCACUUCACCCUCAUCCAGGCUUUCUGCUGUGAAAACGACAUUGACAUUGUGAGAAUAAACGACAUCCAGAAACUGGCUGCCAUCGUGGGUGCCGGAGAGGAAGCUGGGGAGCCCCGAGAUCUGCACUGCAUUCUCAUUACG